UGGAAUAUUUUUCUCAUAGAAAGCGGUGCUUUUUUAUAUUAUAAUUACCAAUCUCGUAACUUUCUGUUUAUUUCAUACAGUGAACUUAACAAUGAUAGAUGAAUUGUGAUCGGACCAAUUUUAUUCAACUGUUAAUAUCAAAUAUGAACAUAAAAUAAUUUUUAACGCUUAUACAUCUUUUUCUUUACCAAUUUUAUUGAAAAAUCGAUUAUGACACUAAAGAAAAACAGCUUUAGAGUUUCAUAUUCCUUUCUUACAUUUAUUUUUAAUAUAGGUACGGAUAAAGAAAACUUGAAAACUACCCGUGAAAGAUAAAUAUUAUACGCAGCAUGUGUAGAGUUUCAAAUAAGAUAAUUACGUCCUAAUAUUUCCAUAAAUAGUAAAUUGAUUUAAUGUUUGAUAUAGUCUUUUAGAAGGAUUGUUUCAUUAAUAUUUCAAAAGGCAGAAUAAUAAGGCAUAGGAAUAUAAAAAAUUUUAAUAUGGAUUGGACAUUCCUUUGUCUAUUCGGUAUACUGGCUGUGCUAAGUGCACAGAUAGAGUACGGUUUUUGUGCUAACGGCGCUGACGCCAAAAACCUAAGGACAAAACUCUUUGUGACAGAUGGGUAUGACAAGAAAGUGAGGCCAACAAAUAACCAGUCGGAUCCUAUAGAGGUGCACGUCAGCUUGUACUUGUUGAACAUCAAUGAGUUAAGUGAAACAACCGAGACCCUGAAGACAACAGGAUACCUGUGGAUAACAUGGUACGACGAAUUUCUAAAGUGGACACCUUCAGAUUAUGGUGAUAUCGACUAUUACCAUUGGCCGCAGGGAGAUAUAUGGAAACCAGACGUAGCUUUGAAAAACUCCUUUUUGGAGUACAAGGAACUUGGAGUAUCCUCACUCAAUGUGUAUGUCGACAGUACUGGCCAUGUUGAAUGGUACCCUUUUCAGGUUUUCCAGUCUACAUGUUCUGUGGAUAUAACCUAUUUUCCUUUUGAUGUUCAAGAAUGCAAGUUGAAAUUCGUUGCUUGGAGUUAUUCAAAGGCCGAGGUCACUAUGGUCAGCGGAGAAAAGGGUAUAGAAAUGGAAGAAUUCGAAACCAACUCUGAAUGGGAUGUCAUUGAUACAAGUUACUCCGUAGACUGGGAAUCUGGUGAGGCGUCAGUAGUCUUCAGUGUCAAAAUAAAGAGGAAGCCUUUAUACGUUCUUCUGUCUGUAAUUAUGCCAAUAAUAAUGUUGGCCACUUUGAACAUUUUUGUGUUUGUUCUCCCAUGUGAGAGCGGCGAGAAGGCGAGUUAUGCAAUAACGGUGUUCUUGGCUUUCGCCGUAUUUUUGUCUAUCAUUUCUUCAACGUUUCCAGAGAACUCCGAGGUGAUAGCCGUAUUCUCCAUUUAUCUUAUUAUUCAAACCCUACAGAGCACAAUAAUCUCGUUACUGGCCCUUGUACUUAUACGAUGCACCUCCUUUGACGACGAAAAGACGCCAGUACCACGAUGUAUAAAUGCUGUUCUCCGAACCAUCAGUUGCCGACCGUGCCGUGAACGUCAAGAACGCAACAAAAUUACAGAUUCUGAACAUGACGUAGAAUUAAAUGAACACAAGAAGAAAUCAAUGCGUGCCGACGAAAAGGGUGAUACUAAUGAAAUACCUAAACAAGUCAUGUACUCGGACUAUUCUUGGAAACAAGUUGUGAAUAUGUUUGACAGAAUUUUCUUUGUAAUAUUUUCCUUGGUACUCAUUGUAUCGACAAUGGGUUUCUUUCUUGCAGUGACCACUAAUAGUUAACUGUUUUUCUCUGUAACGACAGAGAACAUUUUGGCACAGGACGCAUAAUCAUAUCGAGGGUAGAUCGCAAUACUGCAGUGAUUCAUUCUUUUUUCCUUUUAUUUUUUUUUGUUUUUUUUUGGGAAAAUCACUUGUUGUCUAUUUUUUUAUGUUUAUACAAUACACUUCCAGUAAAAGGGGCAGUAUGACAUUCAAAAUAAUCCUGUUAAAAUACAAUACAAGAAAUAAUUACUCGGUGUAAAAUAACAUUUCCUCGAAACACUGAAGUAAAUAGACUCGACAAUGUCUAUGAAGAUCUUUUGGAAGUAUAAAAAGCAACCAAGCGAAAUAAUAGCUGACUCUGUUUGGAAGGUGCAAUACACGCCACGCCCCUUCCAUCAGAUUAAUCGGAGUACAGAAUGUAAGUUGACUUACCAGUGUUGGGGAAAACAGAUUUGUAAAUAAGAACAGGCGGCUUACUACUAUGGUGAACUGUAAUAAUACUACUAAUGCGACGUUAAAUCCAACCAAAAACAAACAAAAACAAAAAUACUACUAAUGAACUGUCUCACUUUUAAAACAUAUUUCAUGUGCAGGGUGUAAGAAGUGGAAAUGAACUUUUCAGCUUGUAUCUCUUGUAAAAUCGUUUUCAAUUGUUUUUUCGUACCAAAAUGUUAGGUGUAAUACAAGAGUUUAAACUGGAUUUUUACACUGUUUGAUAAAUGAUAUUAAUGAACAGCUUCCACUAAGUACAACACUUUUUGACUGAUACAAAUUAGCAAUCUAUUGCAGUUUAGAAAAAUAUCAAGAAGUCAUCGUUUUUCAAGAAAUCAACCAGUUUUACAUUGUUGUGUUUAUUAAUUUAACGAGUUACUCAAACAAAGUUUUAGAUUAUGUGACAUAUUUCCAGUU